UGCAGAGCUGGGCACUACCAGGCGCUUUCUGUGGAUACUUUCUGUGAGCGGUGGGCACAAGGGAGGCUGAGCUGAGUGGAAGUGAAGCACUGAGUGGAAGCCGGGAGCAGAAUUUGGAUGAAGCAAUCUACCUAAGUUGCCGUCAUGAGCAGAAGCAAGCGUGACAACAAUUUCUACAGUGUUGAAAUUGGAGAUUCAACGUUCACUGUAUUGAAACGAUAUCAAAACUUAAAACCAAUAGGAUCAGGAGCGCAAGGAAUAGUAUGUGCAGCCUAUGAUGCCAUCCUUGAGCGAAACGUUGCAAUCAAGAAACUAAGCCGACCAUUUCAGAAUCAGACCCAUGCUAAAAGAGCUUACAGGGAGCUCGUUCUUAUGAAGUGCGUUAAUCACAAAAAUAUAAUCGGCUUACUGAAUGUGUUCACACCACAGAAAUCCCUAGAAGAAUUUCAAGAUGUCUACAUAGUAAUGGAGCUCAUGGAUGCAAAUCUCUGCCAAGUAAUUCAGAUGGAGCUAGACCAUGAACGAAUGUCCUAUCUCCUUUAUCAGAUGCUGUGUGGUAUCAAACAUCUUCACUCAGCUGGAAUUAUACAUAGGGACUUAAAGCCCAGUAAUAUAGUAGUAAAGUCAGACUGCACUUUGAAGAUUCUUGACUUUGGACUGGCCAGAACUGCAGGAACUAGUUUUAUGAUGACGCCUUAUGUAGUGACUCGUUACUACAGAGCACCAGAGGUCAUCCUAGGGAUGGGAUACAAAGAAAACGUGGAUUUAUGGUCUGUGGGGUGCAUUAUGGGCGAAAUGGUUUGCCACAAAAUCCUCUUUCCAGGAAGGGACUAUAUUGAUCAAUGGAAUAAAGUUAUAGAGCAGCUAGGAACACCGUGCCCCGAAUUUAUGAAGAAAUUACAGCCCACAGUUCGAACUUACGUGGAGAACAGACCCAAGUAUGCUGGAUAUAGCUUUGAGAAACUCUUUCCAGAUGUCCUUUUCCCAGCUGAUUCUGAACACAACAAACUUAAAGCAAGUCAAGCAAGGGAUUUGUUAUCAAAAAUGCUGGUUAUAGAUGCCUCGAAAAGAAUUUCUGUGGAUGAAGCCCUCCAGCACCCAUACAUCAAUGUUUGGUAUGAUCCAUCAGAAGCCGAAGCUCCUCCACCAAAGAUACCAGAUAAGCAGUUAGAUGAGAGGGAGCACACAAUAGAAGAAUGGAAAGAAUUGAUAUACAAGGAAGUCAUGGACCUGGAGGAAAGAACCAAGAAUGGGGUUAUACGUGGGCAGCCAGCCCCUUUAGGUGCAGCAGUGAUCAAUGGCUCUCAGCAUCCAUCUUCGUCGUCAUCUGUCAAUGAUGUGUCUUCAAUGUCAACAGAUCCAACAUUGGCCUCUGAUACAGACAGCAGUCUAGAAACCUCAGCUGGACCUCUGGGUUGCUGUAGAUGACUACUUGGUCUUUUGGGGGGUGGGAGGGGGUUCCUUUUAGUCAUUAAUAGGGCACCUUUAAAAUUUGGUGGUAUUUUUGAGUGUUUUUUCAAAAAUAAUCAUAGAAUUCAUCAUAAAGUGCUGUAAUUUUAAACUGUAAGUUGUGUUAAAAGCAGCCACUUUUUUUGCUGUAAUUAACUGUAAAAUAUUAAACCUGAUAAUUUUUAUUGUGGUUUUAAAAUCUGCAUAUUUGCUUUACUAUUAUGCUGCUGAUCUUUUUUUACUGAAUUUGUAAGAUUUGUUUUAUCAAAGCACAUAUUAAUGUUGUGGUCAUUACCAUAUCAUGUAUUAUUUAAGAUUUUAUAGGUUUUCAAUUUUUUUAAAUUUAGAAUUUAUUCCAGAUGUUUUGUUCAUGAUAUCCUUCGAAGUUUUAUGCUUGGUCAUAUGUCCAUAUUGAGGUGGAGGGGGAGAGAGAGUUGGGUGCAGCCAGCUGUAGGCUUUUUGGAGCGUGCUGCUAUGGUGCUGACAGUGAAUAACAUGCUCUUUCAUUUUGGCCACUUGCCUAUAAUACUUGAGUAAAAGCAACAAUUACUGAAUUUUGUUAGAGAAACAGUAUGCAGUCCUCUGUAAAGUAAUUUCAUUUGAAUGGUUUUAUGAUCUUAAGAAAGCAAAGCCUAUCUUCAAGGCUGCAGAAACAUCUAGCCUAACAAAGGGAUGUGAUGUCUUCUGCACAAUUGUGGCAUGCCAAAUCUCAUGAUCACCAUAAAACGAGAGGAUACUUCAUGAAUAAUACAUUACAAUGCAAAUAAACUGUUUACUUCUAGCUUGUAGCCUGUUUUUGUACACAAAACAAAGGUGUAUCCAGGACGUCUAGACUGCCAGCAGGAAGAAGAAAUAUGCUGUAGUUAUACUUCCAUGUAGUAUAUGGUUCUUGAGAGUUUAGUUUCUUACUACUUUUGUCUGCAAAGGUGAGUGCUUUCUGGGGAGAAGAGGAAAGGAUGUGAAUGCAGCAGGGGCAAAAUUUCAGCUAUUCUUUCUCCACCAAAAGUAACUGAUCACUAAAAACCAUGAAGUGGUAGAAGAACCUCAGGAUUCCUGUAGCUAAUGCAUUAAGUCAGCAAUAUGUGCCAUCCAAAGGAGGGAGAAAUAGUGCUGUGUAAAUUAAUAUAUAUCUCUUUCAUUUGACCGUGAGACCAGUCACGGAAGUAUUUUAACUGUUUACAUUUUAUAUUUACAGAAUGAUUUAUGUAUAACUGACUUAAGUUUAUGUAUGAGUUAAACAAUCAUUCAGAAUUUAUUCCUUUGGAAAAUGCAGAUUUUUAGUGAAGCUAGGCUGUGUAAUUGAUUGCCAUGUGUAGAUGCAUAUUUUGUGUAGUGAAUUAGAAUGUAAAGAGGAAUUUAAAUUAGUAAUGCUCACCAAAAUGAGCAUAAAAAUUACGGAAGUCUUGCCAGGCACAGAGCAGAAGCAAAUAAUGUGGCUGGCUACAAAGGUCAUCUGGGAGUGACUGAUGCUCUUCAGUGUGGUUCCUUCACUUUGUUGGGUUAAAAGUCUCUCUUGUGUUUAGAAUGGGAAGAGGGAAAUUCAUCCUUGCAGCAAAGUUUCAGAAAAAUGUAAGUGACAGUAAUGCUUUCAAUAUCUAAUGUGUCUUUUUAAAAAAAAUGCAGGAUACAAGGAGUGCUAAUGUCUUAAAGAUGACUAAAUUGUUAAACUGCACAGUUUCCCUGGCCUGGCUAGACUGCUGGUAAGUGCUAUUUGUGUGUGUAAUUUUGGUUUCCUCGUUUGUAUGGAAUAUUUCAUUAUUGCCUUUCUAAACCACAUUUGUUAAGGCAAUUAUUUUUACAGGAUCCUGCCAAAUUGUAUAUUACCUCAGAAUAGGCAGAUCUUAUUUGGACUUUUCUCACACUGGAACAUAGAAAAUCUGCUCAAUUUGAACAGAGACCAAUAGAACAGUCUAUUUUGUAAUUAUUAUUAUUUUUUUUUUAAUGAAAGUUCAAACUGUGAAUUAAGCCAAAAUUUUUGGUCAUAGAACAGUACUAUUUUGCUACGCAAGGGUUAACCCGGAGUAUGAAGUUAACAUACUGACAAAAUCAACUUCAGAUGCCUGUAGAUUCUAUAAAGAAUGGGAUUUGGUAAAUAUAAUCCCUAUUUCAAUUGAUUUUGGACCCCUUUGGAUUGCAGUGAUGACUGAAGUAUUUGGAAACUUUAAUUUUUCACUUUCCAGUGUCCUAAAGAAAAAUUACUUUAAGAUGCAUAUUGAGUGAAUCUGACCAUUAUUUUUUUUCUUUUAACAUAAAUAUGCUGAGUCUAAUAUUACCACAGCAAGCAAUCAAUAAUAACUUCAUUUUGCUCAUAAUCUCUAAGAGGAAUUGAGUUUUUCUUUUCUUGUAAUGUAGUGUUGAUGAAUGGCUGAGAUUGUCCUCUGCAACCUGUUACAGUAUGAAGUGAGCAAUGUUUAAAGUAAUUAUUUCACUAAGGUCAGAGCUCUGGAUGCUGGAACCUAUAGUCCACUCCUAGCAUCGUCUUCAUAGCAGUGUUACUUUCUUUUUUUUCUUCCAGCUGAUUGCGUUUUAGGCAAACUUAAAAGACAAGUCGAUCAGAUUCUCAGUAACCAAGUUACUGCAACAGUAGACAAGUCUUAUUUCUUUUUAUUUGUUGAAAUAUAAAAUGAUUUCAGAGAUGGUUGUGCACUGCCACAAAUAGCAAACAAAGGGGUUGAGUGCAACUGUUUUUGUAUAUUCUAUUGCCAGCUAAUAUGCUAUCUAAUACACUGUAAAAAUUUAUUCCUGAAAUAUUAAGCUUUAUUUCAGUAUACGAUUUCAAAAUCUUCUCAUGGUAACAGGCUUUACUAAAGUGCAUGCAACGUUCCACUUCUAGGGCUGUUCCAACCCAUUGGAGUUGGUAGGGAUUGCAUUACAGUGAGCUGUGUCUGAUUUCAUGUCAGGUGAGCUUAAAAGCUGGCCAGUAAUAAUAUUAAUUCCCACUUUCUGUGGCGGGCUCUAAAAAAGCUCUUCUCCCUUUGCAGAAGUAGGUUCCUCAGGGUUUUUAAAUAGAUGGAAAGGUGGGGGGAGAAGGGAGGAAGAUUAAUACUGUUACUGUGUGCUGUACCUCUGCUCUGUGAUGUCUUUUGAUCUGUGAAAUCUUUUGUUGAGGCUACACAAUGGAGUUGGCGUGUGUUACUGUGUGUGUGGGGGGGGAAGCUGGACUGCCAGAGCAUCAGCUGAACAACCUUAGAGCAGCCUGACUGACCAGGCCACCUCUGCUUCACUCUCAGCUAACCCGAAGAGACGUGGCACUUUCCCCUAUGUAGACACUGCAGCUUGGGUUUUUGGUUUAGAAAAAUCUUACUGUACUGUGUUUAUAUUAGUAUCUUUUUGAAUGAGAAUUCCAGCUAGAUACAAAGAUAAUAUCAGUAUAAAAACUGGUAAGCCUUCCUGCCCCAUGCACACACAGAAUCGUGUAAUCACGUAUGUGUGAAUUUAAGAGGAUGUAGUGAGCUGUAAAUGACACACGGUUAUGGCAACAGCACCCUCUGCUGUUCCAGUGUACAAGCAGAAUGUUAUUGACGUAGGUUUGCUUUGUGGAAAAUUGCUUCUCUGAACAUAAAGGCUAUUCUGUUAGAAGGCAGAAACUCAGCACCUUGACUGACAUUUUAUAUUUAUAAUGCUUCAGCAUUAAUACAUUCAGCAUUAAUCUCAACGUUGCAUAAAGAAAAUGAUCAAAGAGCUAGUACAUAUAGAUAGUUCCUGCCAACCAGGAAUCCAAUAUUAGCUGUUAACAGCAGCUUGUUCGCAUUGUUGUAUUUCAUUUGCCUGUUAAAUUUUUGGUUCACCUGUCUGGAUAUAGUUUGAGGAUUGGAGCUGAAAGAGAGCAGUCUGCAUAGGAUUAGGAAGAGUUUUAAUGGAAAUCUGUGAUGAGAUUCUACUGCCUAACUAAAUUUUCGGUUCGUUUUAUUUAUCUUCAGUUAUGGGCACUGGAUUAAAGUGAUAUUUCAGUUGAUCUCUUUUACGUCCUAACACGGAUCUCUCUUCUUUGUGGAUGUGUUAUAAAUCAGAUAACAUUGUUUCCACUUUUGCCGUUAAAAUUUUAAGCAAGGUUUUCUUGAUCUACCUCACACAAACCAUCUACGCUUCUGAAUAAGCAAAGUAACCCUUGCUAUUGGAACUACACUGAAUGUGAAAUAGAAAAUUACACUUCCUUUAGAAAAUUGAACCUUUUGGCCAAUGUUGAGACAAUAUCAGUAGUUAUGUUUCUUAUAUAUUUCACGUAAGAUGUUCAUGUGUAAUAUAUAGCUUGUGUACAAUAAUGUACAUCUAGAAUAUUGUGUUAGCUGUAAAUUGGUGAUUUUAUUAUUGUAGUCUGGUUUUGUAGGUAAAAAUAGCUUACUAGUAGUGUCAGCUCAUCCUUUACAUUUACAAAAGGAAAAAUUCUUGGUAAGCUUUGCAUACAGAUGAAUUACUUUUGUAGGCCCAAUAUCUAGUCUAUUUUUGAGAGUUCUUUAACUUUUAUUACUAAAGUUGAGAAAGGAAAAAAAAAACACCUUAAUGAUUGUGAUCAUUCCUUCUGCCCCUUUUAAAGUAUAUUCUUAAUUUUUUUUUUGUCCCAGGAAAUACUAAGGGGAAAAUACAUCAUGAAAAAUAGUGGGAGAGCUAUUUUUUUUCUUCCCUGCAUUUGAUAGCUUUCCUGUUUUUCUUUUAUUCCCUCCAAAUAAGCUGUUGGUGGGGCAUUACUGAAAGCAUUGUGAUUUUUUUCAAUCAUUCAUGCCAUAGGUCAUUACAUGUGCACCACUGGAAUGUAUACAUUGUUAUUUAGUAUGUUAAUUGGUUAUAAUAAUAUUUUAAAUAAAAAAGGAAAAAAAAA